UGGUAAGCCAUUUUGUGUGUUCAGAAAGUUUCUCUACGCUGCUGAAAAUUUUUAAUCAACGUUUUGAAGCAGAUAGUUUUAUUACAAUUGGCUCAUGUAAAAUUGAGUAAAUGCGAUUUGUAAUAAUCUUAUGUUGCGCUUGAUUAAAAUAUUUUAGGGAAUUGUGUGAAAUCAUUAUAUAGAAAUAUAUUGAAAAUAGUGUAAAACCUAAAAUUUGACAAUUAUACACCAGAGCGCCCGGUGUGUUAAGAAAUCGGGACGCGUGUAUAUAUGUAUGUAAAAAAAAAAUUUCAAAGAAAGAAAAUCAUAAAAGCGUGGUCGGGAAAACAUUAAAAACUUUUAAGAAAAUUUAGUUAUUAGGCAAGACAUUCAAUUUGUUCGUGAUUGAAGUGGCAAAAAUGGCUGACGGCGUAGUGUUGGAUCUGUACGCCGAAGAUUUAGAUAAAGAUUUUACUACCCAAACUCAGGAUGAGUUUGCGGGUGAGGGAGUAGAUUUGUAUGAUGAUAUAGGUGGGCCACCUGAUGCUGCACCGGCUGCAACGACAACUUCGGCGGUGGCUGUCACCGAGAACGAGAAUCCAGGCGCUACGGUCAGUAAUCAAGAACCGUCGUCUACAACUCCUGGAGCUAAUGGAGUGUAUCAUCAAACUGGGGCUGGUUUGGCUCAACCUCCUGUUGGCCGUCGUUUUCAACUCUAUGUAGGCAAUUUAACUUGGUGGACAACAGACCAAGAUAUUUCCAAUGCCAUGCGCGAUAUUGGUGUUACAGAUUUUCAAGAAGUAAAAUUUUUUGAAAAUCGUGCAAAUGGACAGUCCAAAGGUUUCAGUGUUGUAUCAUUAGGUUCAGAAGGCAGCUUACGUAUAGUAUUAGAGAGAUUGCCCAAGAAAGAAUUGCACGGUCAAAUGCCAGUGGUCACCUAUCCUACAAAACAGGCCCUCAAUCAAUUCGAGAGCCUUCAGAAGACACGGCCUGUGCCGCCACCGCAACAAAAUGGGCCGCCACGAGGUCCAGCGCCACCGAGCCUAAUGCCCGCUGGUCCUAUGCCGCCGCAUUCAGGACCUCAAAGCGUACCUCCAGGUCAUCAACCACGACUUAUGAAUCCCAAUAUGCCCCCCGGACAGUAUCGUCCACAACAUAUGCCACAAGGUCCCCCUGUGGGACCGAAUGGUGCGCCACCACGUAUGCAGCAACCAACAAUGCAUCAAAGUGGAGCUAUGGUACCGCAGCAGGGUAUGCAAGGACCCUUACGUUUUGGUCAACAACAGCCCCAAUGGCCCGGACAGCCGCGUCCGAACGGACCAAGGCCGGCUUUGCUCAAUGGGCCUCCGCAACGUCCACAAAUGUUUCAGGGACCUCCUGGCGGAAUACCAAUGCGUGGCCCUCGUCCUGGAGAGUGGAGACCACCUAUGCAUGGAGGUUUUCCACCUCAAGUGCCGCCUGGUGCUCCGCCACAAGGGCCGCCACAUAUGCAAGGACCACCAAGAGGUCCUCCUGGAGGUCCACCACAGAUGGGUGCUCCUGGUGGGCCACCUCCCGGUGGUCCACAUGCCGGACCUGGUGGUCCAGCACCGCAUGUAAAUCCAGCAUUCUUUAGCCAACCUGGAGGCGGCCCACCUCAACAUCCAGGUGGCCCACCUCUAGCCGGUGGACCUCCACAUGGUCCUCCCGGUCCCGGCCCUCAGCAAGCGAUGAAUAUGCCGCCACAGCAUGGUCCUCCGCCACACUUUACCCAACAAGCUGGACCGCGAGGACCCUGGCAAGGGCCGCCAGGUCCUGUAAAACCUCAAGGUCCUUUCGCAGAACAACCUAUGCUAGCGGGACCGCAGCUAACUGAAGUCGAAUUCGAAGAAAUAAUGGGUCGCAACCGCACCGUCAGCAGCUCGGCCAUAGCAAGGGCAGUAUCUGAUGCAGCAGCAGGGGAAUACUCGAGCGCCAUUGAGACUCUAGUAACUGCUAUAUCCUUGAUCAAACAAUCCAAAGUAGCUCACGAUGAACGCUGCAAAAUAUUGAUCAGUUCACUUCAAGAUACAUUGCACGGCAUUGAAACGAAGAGUUACAAUCGACGUGAAAGGUCUAGAUCGCGGGAGCGAUCACAUCGUCAGAGGCCACGUCGUGAACGCUCAUCAUCUCGUUACAGGGAACGUUCACGUGAAAGAGAACGCGAUCGUGAGAGGGAUCGGGAUCGUGAUGGCGGUUAUCGCGAGCGUUCACGUAGUCGUGAACGUGAUCGUCCCAGUGGCAAUGAUCAUUAUAGGGAUGACAGUUGCAGUCGUUCAACUCGAACACGUAAAUCGCCUGAACCGGCCACCGAAGCAGGAAGCGAAGUUCCGUCAAAACGCAGCUACUAUGAGGAACGUUAUCGUUCUUCGGAUCGCGAUCGCGAACGAGAUCGUGAACGUGAUCGUGACCGUGAACGUGAUCGUGAUCGUGAGCGCGAUAGAGAACAUCGCUCCAGACAUUAAACGGCUAGCGAGAGAAAAAUCUUUUAUUGAGAUAUUUACCGUAAAAACAAUAACUUAAACUACAACUUUUACAUAUAAAAACUUAUAUAUCUAAAAUAUAAUUACACAAUAUCUCUGUAUAAAUUGUAUUAGAAAUCACCACACCUCGAUCAUGAGUAUAGCAGCAGCCACAUUAAAUCAGUAGCAGCAAUCAUUUUAAGAUGGGCAGGUCACAUGUCUACGGGAAUCAUCCAAAUCCAAAAAUAAAUCGAAAAAAAGAACCGUUAAAUAAGAUAUAUAAAAGGAAACUAGAAAUAGACAAACUCUAAAGUAAGAAUGAAUAAAAACAAUGCGACUUCAAGUUACCAAAUAAGAUUAACUUAAUAGCGUGGUGAGGGAGGUGGAGUAAUGAUUAACAAAUUUGCAUUGUACACACCAGCCAGGUUCAAUGUUCAGCAGCGGGAAAUACCAAGAUUCCAAUAUCAAUCAAUCAAUCCAAUCAAUCAAUCCAAUCAGUCAAUCAAUCUAUCAGCAUUCAUUAAUUUCUGAAAUUAUUCGCCUAUCUAUCUACUACGCAUACACAAAUUUGUUUGUAAAUUAAUAUAUCGGUUUAUUAAUAAAAAUAUAUAAAAUAAUAACAAA